CAGGAGGUCGCCGCCAUCGACGAGGCCCUGGAAGUGCUGGAGGAGGCCCAGGCCGCGGACAACGCCACGGCGGCCAGCAACGCCUCCAACGCCACGGGUGCGGUGAGCACCCUGCUCGCUGGGCGCAGACAGGCCAGCAGGGCGCGCGCGCUGGAGCGGCGCGCCAGCAGGCGCAAGCGCACGCGGGCGCCCCCGUCGCCGGCCGCGGUGAAGGCGACCGGCGUGGUCGAGGCCUACAUGUCGGGCGGCGCCCAGUCGCCAGGGCGCGCCAGGCUGCGGAGGCGGCGCUGGCCGAGCUGGCCUCCCGCGCCGAGGACGCGGCGCCGGCCACUGGAUCGGCCCUGAGCGCGAUGCUGGCCGACGCUCUGGCGGUCGUGGUCGAGAAGAUCGACGCGCUUCGGAGCACGCUCUAUGAGGAGCAGCACGCGGAGGUGGGGCACCGCGACGCGUGCGUCGAGCAGGGCAACCAGGUCGAGCAGGAGCUGGAGGAGCGCACCACUGCAGAGCAGGGCUACAACAGCACGAUCGACCGGACGGCGGCGAUGCUCAACGCCACCGCCGAGGAGGUGAGCGAGAUCGAGGGCCAGAUCCGCGAGAUGGAUGCCUCGCUGGUUGCCGCGAGGACGGGUAGGGCUGCGGAGCACGCGUCUCUGAAGGCGUCGGUGCAGGAGCAGCUCGAGCUCCAGAGGAAGCUCCGACGGGCGAUCCAGGCCCUGAAGAACUUCUACGCGGAGAAGGCCAGGUCGCCAGGGCUGCUGCAGGCGGCAGUCUCUGCCAGCGGGCGCCUGCCCGAGGAUUACGCCUUCUCCAAGGGGCCGAACCUGGAGGACGGGCUGGCGGGCCUGUGCUUCGGCAACUCCACGAGCUCCCUGCAGCGGGCGCAGCUCAGCUGCAGCAGGGAGCCCGACUGCUUCUUCAUAUACGACGAGGGCUGCGACGGCACCUCGUGGCGCUACUGCGCGGCCCUCCCCGGGAACCUGAGCGGCUCCAGCAGCUCAGGGGGCGCGUGCACCAUGCUGAAGGUGGAGAAGGCGGCGCCCGUCUCGACGACCUUCUCGAAGCCCCUGCAGUCCCACAGGGGGGCACAGGGGAUCCUGGCGAUGCUGCAGAUCCUGCUGGACGAGUCCGAGCAGAUGAUCGAGAGCAUCACGCAGGCCGAGUCCCAGGCCCUGGACACGUACGGCCAGGACGUCGUGACGACGCAGGCGUCCGUGCAGGAGAAGACCCAGCAGGUCACCGCGCUGAACCAGGCCUACAGCGACGCGCAGGUCGAGCUGGAGGAGGCGGUCCAGGCGAGGGCGGCGGUGUCCAGGGAGAGGGAGGAGAUCGUGGCCUACCGCGCCGUGGUGGAGGAGAAGUGCGGCCCGCUGCUGGAGCACUUCGCCGGCAGCCAGGAGGCGCGCGCCGAGGAGCUGGAGCGGCUGCUGCAGGCGCGGCAGACGCUGCAGGGCAUGCGGGAGAGCGCCGGGGCCGUUGGCCUGCUGGCGCGCCGGGCCGCCGUCGCGGUGCGGGCGCGCGCCUCGUAAAGGGCCGUGGCGCGCCUGCGUGCCGGCAGCGAGAGUCAAAGAGCCGCGCGGGGCGCGCGCGCGCGCCUCCUGCCGGCGCGCGGGCUGCGCCACGACGGCGAGGCCUGGCCUGGGAGG